AUGAUUUGAUGGAUUUUCUUGACUGGUGUUGCCGGGAGUACUCUUUGCAGUAUGAUUUCUUGUACUUACCUAUGGACUUCAGGACAAUGAAGAAUUUGGGAUAUGGUUUUGUAAACUUCACAACUGCAUCAGCUGCUCUAAAGAUCAAGAAAAUUCUUGAGAACUACCGAUGGGGUGCGGUUGUAACCAGCCAAGAGAGCUUUUCAUCCAAGAAAAUCUGCGAAAUUACUUGGGCUCAAAUCCAGGGAAAGCAGAAGUUGAUAAGAAGAUUCGAGACCUCGUUUUUUGCUUGUGAUCGAUUGGAUUUCCUACCAGUGAUUAUGGACCCACCUCGAAAUGGUUCAAGUUCGAUGAGUCCUCCAAUGGUUCUUGGAAGAUGCAUAGCAGCAAAAUGAUUGAGAGACUCUUGGAGAUCGGUUGGAAUGGGGUUUUAGGGGUUUGGAUUAUCCAUCUGUUUUUGGAACUAUAAACCGUAGGUGUAUGGGAAUGCAUUCGUGCUUGUGUUUCCAUAUUUCCCUUAGGUUAGGGUUUGAGGUGUUCAAAGUUCUGGGGGUAAUAUGGAAACAUGGCUGUGUUUAAUCAUGGCUGUGUUUAAUGUUGUCUUAAUAUGUACUGUUGUCUUGAUCUGUGUUUAAGAGAAGUUGGU